AAAUGACGUCAUUCACAGUCGAAAGUCCAAAUGUUCGCUACUCGAAAAGAUUCAUAGAGUCGGACUAUGUAUACCAAACGAGUACAGUGGAGCAGAAUGGUCCGUCAUCCUACAAGGUGAAGCCAGUGGACGUGAAGAUAACCUUUCGCACUGAUCGUCAGACCCCUCGACUUGGAUGUAUGCUGGUGGGUUGGGGAGGCAACAAUGGGUCAACAGUCACUGCGGCCGUACUCGCCAACAAACAUCAGAUGUCCUGGCCCACCAAGGAAGGACCUAAGUGUGCUAAUUACUUUGGGUCCAUCACACAAGCUUCAACGCUGAGCCUUGGGACCGGACCAGACGGAGACGUCUACAUUCCGUUCUGUAAUAUAUUACCGAUGGUGAAUCCAAACGACAUCAUCUUUGAUGGAUGGGAUAUAUCCUCUUUGAAUCUUGCCGACUCUAUGGAACGUGCUCAAGUCCUUGACUGGAACCUACAACAACAGUUACGACCAUAUAUGGAAAAUCUAAAACCACGCCCAUCUAUUUAUAUACCGGAUUUUAUAGCAGCUAACCAGGAAGCUCGAGCAGACAAUUUAUUAAGCGGAACGAAAGAAGAAAUGAUAGAACAGAUCCGUUCUGAUAUCAGAGACUUUAAAACAAAGAACGACUUGGAUGAAGUCAUUAUUUUAUGGACAGCUAACACAGAACGCUUCUCUGCUGUCGAAGUGGGACUAAAUGAUACAGCCGAUUCCCUCCUUCAUUCUGUAAAGAUGAAUGCUGCCGAAUUGUCUCCAUCCACGAUGUUUGGUAUCGCCUCUGUUUUAGAAGGUUGUACAUAUAUAAACGGAUCCCCACAAAACACAUUCGUCCCUGGCCUGAUAGAGCUAGCAGAGACACACGAUGUACUUAUUGCUGGUGAUGAUUUCAAAUCCGGACAGACGAAGAUCAAAUCGGUAUUGGUGGACUUUCUAGUCAGUGCUGGCAUCAAGCCAGUUUCUAUUGUCAGCUACAAUCACCUAGGAAACAACGACGGAAUGAACCUCUCGGCGCCGAAACAGUUUCGGUCUAAAGAGAUCACAAAAACAAAUGUCGUGGAUGACAUGGUCGAGUCUAAUCAUAUUCUCUACCCAACUGGGAAGAAGCCUGACCAUUGUGUUGUAAUAAAGUAUGUGCCAUAUGUUGGGGAUAGCAAGCGAGCCAUGGACGAGUACACAUCUGAGAUAAUGAUGGGUGGUUUAAAUACAAUUUCCAUCCACAACACGUGCGAGGAUUCUUUAUUAGCGAGUCCAAUUAUCCUUGACCUCAUCAUCCUGGCAGAUAUAUGCAAGAGAAUCUCGGUAAAAACCGAGAGUCAGGCUUCAUAUGAAGGCUUCCAUAGCGUGUUGUCUCUCCUCAGUUAUCUAUGUAAGGCCCCACUUGUUCCCUCUGGCACACCUGUGGUCAACGCUCUCUUCAAACAACGAUCUUGCAUAGAGAACAUAUUCAGGGCGUGUGUUGGCCUUCCACCACAGAACUACAUGGCACUCGAGCACAGACUCAACAUCCCGAAACUCCUCCCGGAAGUUGCUGAACGAUCCUCAUCUACGUCUUAUCUAAAAUCAAAAAUAGCAAAUGGAUCUAACGAUGCGAAUGGGAUCAACCUGACGAAUGGACAUUGAUAAUACCUUAAAUAGAAAAAUAUCAAAUUAUAAUAUUUGCAAUGUUAUAUUCUGAAAGGCAUUGUAUUUGAUAGGCAGAGAGAGAUCUGUACAUCAUUCACAUGCCAUUUAUGUCACAGCAAUAGCCAAAAUUAUGUGACGACUGGCGUAUUUACGCAGAAAACGACAAAUAAUUG